CCGGAAGCGAGAGUCGCGCAUGUGUGGCCUGGCGGGGAAGAUGGCGGAGCGCAGGGAGCUGGAUGCUGAGGCUUGUGACGAGCUCGAUGGCGAGGAGGAGGCUGACGAUGGAAGUGGCUUUACGCUGGAGGAGGUGCUGCGCCUUGGCGGGACCAAACAAGAUUAUAUCAUGCUUGCUACUUUGGAUGAGACAGAAGAACUUGUAGAUGGUGGCAAAAAAGGAGCAAUUGAUGAUCUAAACCAAGGAGAACUGGAGGCAUUUAUAAAUUCACUAGGAGUGAACCAAUAUUCAAAGAAGUUCCUGGCGGCAGAAGAAAAAGAUGAGAAGGGAGCAGCAGUAGACAGGCAGGAAAAGCCCCCACGAAAAGAACAAAUUAACCGAAAAGAAGUAAAUGUUACUACAGUAGGAAAAAAAGAAGAUAAUGUGAAAAGGAGUAAAGAAAACAUACAGUCAAUUAAUGCCAAAAAUAGUAAGGAAAAAUUGGUUCCUGAUAGUAAUGAGAACAGUGGUUUGUUGCUGGGAACAAAAAAAGAAAAAGAAACUUUUCAAUUUCAAGAGCGACAGGUACUAUUGAUAAAACCAGGGGGCAAAUGGCAUGAUCUUGAGUACACAAGUGAAUUUACCACUGAACCCCAAAGUCAAUUCCUGGUAUCCAAGUAUAAGGCUUUGGCUCAAAAAUUGUACCAACAGGAGGCAGACCUCUACAAGAAUAAAACCAAUCUGCAGAAAGGAUCCUCAUCUGCUUGGAUGAAAACUGUUGUCUCAUCAGGUACUCUUGCUGACAGAAUGGCUGCCAUGACUCUUCUUAUCCAAGAUGCUGCUGUCCAUUCACUUCAAUUUAUAGAGACCCUGGUGAGUCUGAUCAAAAAGAAAGGCAGCAGAAGACAGAGCUUAAUGGCCCUGGAUACUUUCAAAGAGCUUCUCAUAACACAUCUUUUACCAGAUAGUCGAAAGCUGUACACUUUCUCUCAACAUCCUUUUGACGCUCUGGAGAAACUUUCAAGUGGCAAUAGGGACUCAAGGGACAGGCGCCUGAUUCUGUGGUAUUUUGAGCAUCAGCUGAAGCACUGGGUGGCUGAAUUUGUGCAAGUGUUAGAAUCAUUGACUCACGAUCCCCUGAUGGCAACUAAGACUCGUGCAAUUGCUGUUGCUCAUGAACUUCUCUGUAAUAAAGUAGAGCAAGAGAAAGCUUUUCUUGUGCAGUUGGUAAAUAAACUUGGAGAUCCUCAAAACAAAAUAGCUACCAAAGCAUCUUAUCUCCUAGAGACUCUGCUUCAUAAACAUCCCAACAUGAAAGGAGUGGUGUGUAAUGAAGUGGAGAGGCUGCUCUACAGAUCAAACAUUAGCCCCAAAGCACAAUAUUACGCCAUUUGCUUUUUGAACCAAAUAGUUCUUAGCCAUGAGGAGAGUGAGCUGGCUAACAAACUCGUAACACUUUAUUUUUGCUUUUUUCAGUCUUGCAUCAAGAAAAAAGAUGUUGAGUCUAAAAUGCUUAGUGCUUUAUUGACAGGGGUGAACAGAGCUUACCCUUAUGCUCAAGCUAGCGAUGAAAAAGUAAAAGAACAGAUGGAUACUUUGUUUAAGGUUUUGCACCUGGUGAACUUCAGUACUAGUAUCCAGGCAUUGAUGCUGCUCUUCCAAGUGAUGGACUCCAGUCAGACUGUGUCUGACCGAUACUAUACAGCCUUAUACAAGAAGCUGCUGGACCCAGGAUUAGCAUUAUGUUCCAGACAGUCAAUGUUUCUCAACCUUGUCUACAAAUCUUUGAAGGCUGAUAUAGUACUCCGUCGGGUGAAGGCUUUUGUGAAACGAUUGCUUCAAGUCACCUGUGGACAAAUGCCGCCAUUCACCUGUGGAGCCUUGUACCUUGUAUCUGAACUUCUGAAAAUAAAACCAGGCUUAAGGGUGCAGCUGCAGGAUCAUGUGGAAUCUGAUGAUGAGGAACAUUUUCAUGACCACGAAGAAACUGAAGAGGAAGAAGAAAGCCUUGUAGAGGCAGAUAAAGAGAUCCAAAGUAAUAGAAUGGGAAAGUCUGUGCAGCCUCAUGACCCAGUUUCAGGAGCAUCAUGGGUGCAUCACCAGAAUCUGGCAGGUGGCAAGAAAACAGGUGAUUAUGACCCAUUACAUCGAAAUCCUUCAUUUUGUGGAGCGGACAGAACUAGUUUUUGGGAACUAAAGCAGCUUUCAGAACACUUUCAUCCAUCAGUGGCCCUUUUUGCAAAAACCAUCCUAGAGGGAAAUUACAUUGAAUAUACAGGUGACCCUCUACAAGACUUCACACUAAUGAGAUUCUUGGACCGUUUUGUUUACAGAAAUCCCAAAAUUCACAAGGGCAAAGAGAACACCAGCAGUGUGGUAAUGCAGCCAAAGAAGAAACAGUCAAUGAGUAAUGUGCGAAAUCUUGCUGUUAAUAGUAAGGAGUUCCUUGCACAGGAUGAAAGUAAAAUCCCAGUAGAUGAAGUAUUUUUCCACAGGUUUUAUAAGAAGUUAGAUGUGGAGAAAAAGAAACUGAAACCAGUGGAAGAUGAUGAAAGUGUUGAAGAUGUAGAUGAUGAUGAAUUCGAAAGAGCAUUAGACUCAAUAGAACAAGAUAAUUAUUUUGAACCAGUUAUCAAGGAUGACCUUAAUUUUGCUGGAAACAUACAAAGGAAGGGGAAAGGAAAAGGAAAAGGUCAAAGUGAUGAAGCAGAGUGGGAAGAUUCUGAUGAAGAUGAUUUUGAUGAUGAGGAGGUCUCUCUGGGUAGUAUGGAUGAAGACUUUGGAGAAGACAUUGAUGAAGAGGGAGGGACAUUCAUGGAUGUGUCUGAUGAUGAUGGUGGUGGUGAUAAUGCUCCAGAUGAAAUCAAAGAGCCUCUGGUCAGUAAGAGAAGCAAACGAAAAAAAGAAAUAGACUUUGCUGGAUCGAUUCAAGGGUCAAAGGAAAACAAAAGAAAACGCAAAGAUGCUGGCAUGCUUGCUGCUGCAGAGGAAUUUGGUUACCUACUGGAUGAAAAUAUUGGAUCCAAAUUUGACAGUAUUGGAAUGAAUGCGAUGGCUAACAAAGAUAAUGCAAAUUUCAAACAGCUCAGGUGGGAGGCAGAGCGUGACAAAUGGAUUCACAAUAGAGAUGAGAAAAGCAUCAUCAAGCGAAAAAAGAAGUUCAGUCACAAGAUGCUGAAAAACAAGAACCGAAGCAAAAAGACAAGAAAAUCAAUAUAAAAGUUUUAAUAUAAAAUAUUUAAAAGCUCUUUAUACUUACCUUAAUUUUUGUUGUUUAACCAUGCCUCGUGAUCUCUCUCCUUUAUCCCGUAAAUCCCAGACCACUCAUUACAUUUGUAAUAAACUGUGAAAAUAAAA